AGGAGGAGGAGGAGAGCUGGUCGUACUACUACUACAGAGCCUGUUGCCAGCGGAGGGGAUACGCAGGGGGUUGGUGCUGUGGCAGAGGAAAAUACAGAAAACAGAAACAGCACAGAAAUGGAAAAAGGGAGAAGGGGGGAGGGGAUGGUCCAGGCACACUACACAAUCCCGCUUUCGACGCUUAUUCCCGACGCAAAGCCCGUGAUUGUGCGGCGCGAGGACGGGUUCGAGAAGAGGGUUUUGCACAGGUGCGGACGGUGUAGAGUUGUUGUUGGGUAUGAGAUUGAUACCCCGCUUAACCUGAAUGCGCGCGAGCUUGAUCAUGAUAGGGAUGAGGAGGGGGGUGAGGAUGAAGAGGAGGAGGAGGAGGGAAGGGAUAGGGUGUUUUAUCUGUUGCCAGGGUCGUUGGUUGGUACGGAGGAUUUGCAGGAUGAUACUGGCGAGGGCGGGCUGGAUGCGAUUGUGCAGCGGAAUGAGGUGUUGCGGGGGAUGGAAAAGGAGUGGGAGGGAUGGUAGUUAUUCGAAUAUAUAUAUAUAUAUAUAUAGAAGUAUGAUGAUAGACUAAGUCAAUCCAGC